GAGGCAGAGUGUGGAGACUUCAAGGGCGUGGUGGUGGAAGUCUCAGGCAGAGCUUUUUACACCGGAGUGUCGCGGUUUGUGCAGGAAACGGAGGACCAGCUGACCACGGGGUUUCUGCUGAAGUGACACUUUAAACCCCUCAAACAUGCACCAUCAGAAACUAGAAAGUGUGGAAGAAAUCUUUGAAAAAAAAUCAUUCUUGAUGCUUAAAGUUUAGAAUAGCACUUCAGUUUUUUGUAGAAUAUAUAAAACAGUUAGAAAAAUGUGUCAUCUGUGAAUUCAAAUAUGUAGUUGCAGUGAACACAUUUGUCCACUAGAUGGAGCCAUACAUUUACUUUCAAUGUGGAAAAUCAAAGUUUGCCAAUAAAAACAAAUGAAAAUUAAACACUUAAAAAAAUCAUAAUCAAUAUCUCCUGUUUAUUUUCAUCAGGUCAUUUUACAGUGGAAGGCAGUAUUUAAAUUAUAAAAGGGGGUGGAGUCUGAGGCCGUACAUCCACGGACAGUUUUGUUUGGAUGCAGCCAGCGCGCAGAAAACUGUUCCAGCACGUGAAAGCGGAGAACUCUUCAGAGGGAAAGGAGGCCGACGGGUUUCAGUACGUGAUUACUGUCGCUUAGUCAUGUGCCACAUGCACACUUCAUUUUGCCGCCACAAAGAAAAAUCAUGAGUUAAGGCCAGCUCUUAACAUGACAAAUAAAACAUUCAGGGAUCGUGUAUUUAUAUAUUUAUAUACUUUAGUUGACUGCGAGAGAGCAGCAGCGUCAGAGUUCAGGCGGGCAAAAGCGCUUCCUCUCAUCCUAUGAA